AUGGCUACGACUUUUGAAGCGCUGAAACACGCAGAAUUUAUGGCACUUAUGGAGAGUAGUGACUGCGAAAAAGUGAUCUAUACAGAGCACCAGGAGAUCAUCAGUAGGAAGCUAGAAGGGACGUUUGAAGCCGAUAAAGCCAACCAAAGUUUGAAGCGAUACGCCGCUUCAGUUUGCUUCGACCACUCCAGGGUGGUCUUACCGACAGAAAAAGAACGAGGUAAUUUUAUAAAUGCUAAUUAUAUUAGCGGGUUCAAACAAACGAAAAGAUUUAUCUGCGGAGAAGCCCCAACUCGUCGUACGUGCUACGACUUCUACCGCAUGUUGUGGAUGGAGCAUGCGCAAAUCAUUGUCAUGCUCUGUCAGAAGAAAGAAAAUGGCAAGGAGAAGUGUUACCCCUACUGGAGCGAGAAAGAGGAAUCGUCGAUGAUGGUUGGAAAGUUCAAAAUCACUACCACUAGUGUAGAAAGGUUCCCACAUUACGUCAAAUCGGUGCUUUCUCUGACAGAUGGGACCACAGCCACCCAGACAGUGAUACACUACAAUUUCACUGCUUGGCCUGACCACGACGUGCCGACAAAUACCUCAGAAUUUUUGAACUUUGUUCUGGAGGUACGCCAGUGCCAGAAAGAGCUGUAUGCAGAGUCCCUCAAGAUGGGCCAUCAACUUCCCCAGCCGUUUCCAAUCGUUGUUCAUUGCCACGCGGGACUAGGAAGAACUCCAUGUUUUUGUGUAGUGGACAUUAGUAUUUCUAGGUUUAACGAGGAAAAAACAGUUUCAAUAGCGUCUACUGUGUGCGAUAUUCGUCAAGGGAGGUUCCAUACUUUGUUUAACCCCUUUCAAUAUUUAUUUUGUUAUAGGGCUGUUAAACUAUAUAUAGAAUCAAUUCCUGUUGAAGCUGUUAGAAAGACGAGUACAAUCCAGCAAGCUGUCUCUUUUUUAAGGAAUUUAGGAAAUUUAGUCAAUAAGUAA